GUUCUCACCAACCAGCCUCAUCGAAGCGAUAUUUGUCCAGCAACGUCCGCCAGCGCAAUCUUGGAGUGGGCCACAUUUUCCCCAAGCAGGAGAUAAGCCGGUGGCUGUAAUGGGUGUUAGGGGUUGUAUGAUGGGCUAGAUAACAGCCAAGGUGCGUUUACAGUUUUUCAUCCGUUUUUCAAAUGUGUGCUAGGGGUUGUAUGACGGGCUAAGGGGUUGUAAGACGGGCUAGAUAACAACCCCGAUUGCUUCAAAGCGUCGUAAGGCUCCUGUCGGAGUGCCCAAGUCUACAUCCACUCCUUUCCGACCUCCCUCAAAACCAGCCAAGUCCAAGUCAGCUGCCACCUCCGGAUCUACAAAUGCUCGUGGCAACACUCCUCCCCUCAUUACGCGUGCCGCUGCUGCUGGCGUCGAGGUCCAUCCGGGGCUUGCCCCUGGUAUUCAGCCAGCCCCGCGCCGUUCAUCCGCCGUUGUUGCUGCUGAGUCCGCAGAGCAAGAGCGCCAAGAAGCCUUAGAUGCGGAGGAGCUCAACCGUAAGGUCUCUGCACUGGCAGCGGCUGAAGACAAAAUACAGCGGGAGGAUGAGGAACGUGACGCACGUGCAGACCACCCUCCAGCACAGGCUGCCCGUAGUUGGCCUCAGAUGACGACGACGCUCAAUGAUGGUUUUGAAUCUGGCGACGAUGAUGAACCCUUCCGCCCUACAAGUGCUGACGGAGACUCAACAUCGUCCGCUGCAGCUGUCGAGACCACCGGCAAGCGCAAGAAGAAAGUCAAGGCCAAGGCAACCCGCAGCGCUGUCUUCGCUGCGCGUUUGACGCAAAAUCGCACUGGCACUCCCCAGGUUUCUGUCGAGCAUGCUCCUACCCUGCACCAUGCGUCUAAGAAGCACAAGCCCUCCAAGAAAGCUGGCCUUGCAAUGACCAGGCCUAACGACUCGGAUGAUGGUGGUGACGAACUUGAUCCUGAUGCCAUGCUCCGCUACGGGGGGCCUGCACUGGACAACGACGUGCAGGAGUCGGUGGAGCGACGGAGCGACCAGCGCAAUGGUCUCCCAAACCAGAUUGUCAAGGUUGGUGCCCCGCACCGUGUUACCCAGAAGUCCCAGCGUGUGGGCGGUGGCAAGAAGUGGACACCUGACGAUCUGCCUGCCGGCGUUGCUACCCGGUUCAAGAGCGUCUUCCAGGCAUUUAUCCGAGCAUUCACAGGUACACUGGAACCCUGGGCAAGCCCGACCGUUCAAGAGGUCCAGGAAGCCGUCAACACUAUCUAUGGUGCGGGUCUAUAUCGCGUCGAGGAAGACAAUGUUUGGUAUGUCCUGACAAGCUAUCGUUUGGGGGACUGGCGCCGCAACUUCUUCACGAGGGCUUGCGACGCAAUGCUGGCCUAUAUCAAGUACUCUAAUGACCGUGAUGAAGAGAUCAAGCAGCAGAAGUACCAUGAACUACUCGUCGACCACCCGAACCUCAAGUACAAAGACGUGACCGAUGAUGAUGACGAACUCUUCCAUAUGCGCACCCCCAAGGAGAUUGCGGAGUUUGUUGCGGCAAUGCUGGAGAUGGAGGAUGAUGGCACAUAUGCCUUUCAUUGGGAGACUUACGGGGAGAAGAAGGGUCUCUUUAUGAACUAUCUCAUUCUCGCCACGUUCAGCUAUCACCUGACGAUUCUGGAUGCGGUCCCUUCUCAGUGUCAGUUUGGAGCUCAUCCCUAUGGUGCGGUUCUACUGGCAGUUCAAGCAGUCCAGCGUAUGCUCAAUUGCUACAAGACCGGUUUGUUCGUCGUGCCUAAUGGGAAAGAUCCUGAACAACAGUUCUCUGCUGACAACUACGCUGAUAAGAAGGUCCGCCGCGAGGGACGGGUUGUACUCGAUCGCCGUGGCACCAAGUACCUGCACACAAUCCAGGCAUGGAGCAAUGCAAAGUGGGAGCGGUUCCUGGCAGGUGCAAGGGAGUACAAGGUCAAGGCCAAGGGCAAUCGGGCCUCGAGCGCAGCUUCGUCGGAGCCUGAGGACAUCAUUGACGUAGAUGCAGAGUUAAUGAUUCUUUCGGAUUAGCAUUUGUAUUAGCAAAGAAUGAUUGCUACAUUUGCUUAUUUAUUGAUUCUAAUGCAUCCCGUGUGUCCUG